ACCUUCGUCUUCCUCAUGCUGGCCUGCCUCUGCUGCAAGAAGGGAGACAUCGGCUUCAAGGAGUUUGAAAACACUGAGGGAGAGGAGUACCAGGCAGAUCUCUCCGCCCUCGCCUCGCCUUCCUCCCAGAAUGGCCCCGAGGUCUACAUCCUUCCCCUCACUGAGGUCUCCCUGCCUGUCUCCAAGCAGCCUGGCAGAUCCAUCCAGCUGCUGAAAUCAUCGGACCUUGGCCGCCAUAGUCUGCUCUAUCUAAAGGACAUUGGACAUGGCUGGUUUGGUAAGGUUCUGCUGGGCGAGGUCAAUGCAGGCCUCAGCACUACCCAGGUGGUGGUGAAGGAGCUGAAGGCCAGUGCCAGUGUCCAGGAUCAGAUGCAGUUCCUGGAGGAGGUCCAGCCAUACCGGACCCUCCAGCACCCCGCCCUCCUGCAGUGUCUGGCACAGUGCUCAGAGGUUACUCCUUAUCUGCUGGUCAUGGAGUUUUGCCCACUGGGCGAUCUGAAGAGCUACCUCCGCAGUUGUCGGGUAGCUGACUCUGAGAAUCCUGACCCUUUGAUCCUCCAGCGAAUGGCAUGUGACAUUGCCUCGGGGCUCCUGCAACUCCACAAAUACAACUUUAUACACAGUGACUUGGCCUUGCGAAACUGCCUGCUAACUUCAGAAAUGUCAGUUAAGAUCGGAGACUACGGCCUUUCUCACAGCCGAUACAAGGAUGACUAUUAUGUAACACAGGACCAGAUUUGGGUGCCCCUGCGCUGGAUUGCGCCUGAGCUCAUAGACGAGGUCCAUGGAAACCUGCUGGUUGUUGACCAAACGAAAAGCAGCAACAUAUGGUCGUUAGGGGUGACUGUUUGGGAGCUGUUUGAGUUGGGAAACCAGCCGUACAGACACUACUCUGACAGACAGGUGCUGACAUAUGCUGUGAAGGAGCAGCAGCUCAAACUACCCAAACCGCAUCUCCAAUUCCCUCUGGCUGAGCGCUGGUAUGAAGUGAUGCAGUUCUGCUGGCUGCAGCCAGAGCUGAGACCCAGUAGUGAGGAAGUCCACCUUCUGGUCACAUACCUGUGUGCCAAAGGCUCCAGUGAGGCUGAGGAGGACUUUGAACAACGCUGGAAUGCCUUGAGACCAAACCUGCUCGGUAGUACCUCCCACACAGCUACAUCCACAGCCCUAGUCCUGACCCCUACACCUGCACCAGCUGAUGCCUCUGGUGCAGACAAAACUCAGACAGUGGAGCUGGCCUCCUCUGCGUCAUCCUCCUUCCCCCUCCUGGAACACUUCUCCGACAGCUUCCACUCUGACACGGGGGACGACCUACUGACUGUGACAGAGACCAGCCAUGGUCUCAACUUUGAGUACAAGUGGGAGCAGGCCAGAGCCGAGCAGCCGUACUGCUCCUCCUCCACCAGUGGGCCACUGGGCCAGGGGAACCCACAUUACCAGGAUAUUUACUAUUCAAGCAAAGGAAGCACCUCAGGGGGCUGCAAGACUGACAGCCUGACCUCAGGCAUAUCCCCGUCCUAUUAUGAGCCCGAACACCCCGGUGUGGUCCCAGUGUUGAGUGCCCACAGCCCCUCAGUCAGCAGCGAGUACUACAUUCGCAUAGAGGAACCAGUAGAGUGCAACAUUAACCUGGAUGACAGCGUUGUGGACUACAGCCCAGGACUGGAGGCCAGUAACAGCAGGUUGUCCUCUGAGAGUCGGACUGGUUCGUCCAUGGCACAGCCCAGUGCUUAUUGGUCAACCGCUGACAACACCAAAUCUACUGCCUAUGACUCCGAUUCAAGCCCUACUGUUCAACUAACCAUGGAACCACUGCUGAGACAGGCAUCCAGCACCAGCCCUGUAAAGCUAGGCCACUCCCACAACUGCUUCUCAUCCAAUCAGGAUGGCACAAUCUUCUGCGAGCAGUCUUCAGCAUACAAGACAUGUCGCCAGUCCUGUCUAUCUGAGCUGGACACGUCACCAGAGUCCCUAUCCAACCUUGUCCAUCCAGUGGGGCAUUUAGAAAACACGCGCAGCUUGUCACAAGCUGUGAGCAGCCCCAGCUUAGGCUUUUGCGAUCCCUACCUUGAAGCAAGCACAGGUCAUAACACAGUAAAUGAAAGCUGCCAUAAUAUGAUGGGUCCCCUCAGAAAGACACUACCCAUUGUUAACCACAUUAGCAUUGACGUAGGAACAGACGAUGGCCUGCUGGUGGGCCGGCAGAGAGGAGAAGACAUUGAGGAUGACCUUUUCCCAGAGGGGGACGCCACUAACUGGACCUCAAACCAUUCAGCGAACAAUAACAGCCUGAGCUUUGACAGCAGACAGACAGGUGUUGGGCAUGACAGCUAUCUGGACCUACAAUAUACUGCUCAUUCUAACACAGCAGAUUUAUGGUCUUUAACCAAGGCCACCACCAGAACCUUCCACAGCUCCACAUCUGGCACCUUGGAGGCAGAAGGAGCAGACACUAGUUGUAACGCUGCUAGUGAACCCACUGAAUUCAGUUCAUACAUUCAAUUAUGUCACAAAGAAAGAAAGGAAACUGCUGCUCAAGUGGAAAGGAAUGGGAAAUAUGAAAAGCAGAGACUGUACUCUGAGCCUAAGAUGAUUCCUGAGACGAGCUAUAUUAAGUCCCCAUCCUCUUUCAAGGAUCCUCAGGCUGCUCAAACAGGAGCCUUGUCAGAGAAGCAGAGAGGAAACAUCUGGGAGGGGGUUUCAACAGGAAUAUCUGUUGUUCUGGGAGACAAGAGGCUAAACUAUCCAGAGACAUCAGAGAGUGGCAAAGCGCUGGAUAGUAAAGUGAGGGUUAGAGAAUCCAGCAUUAGCCUGGCUGAGCUUGGCGACUACAGCGAGGAUGAUGAGGAUGACAUCACAGAUAUUACAUCAGGUAUCUUUGCCGACUUCAAUCUAGAUUAUGCCGAGGUAGAGGAGGAGGAGCUAAGCCCGUUGAAGAAUCCAGAAGGGACUCCUGACUCUGUAGACACCCUCAACCUGUCCUCAUCGAUUGCAAGCGCCUGUGACCAGGCCUUCAGCCCCGAUCCCUUUAACACCCCCAUCUUGCCCAAAUCCCUGGACAGCGGCUACGACACGGAGAACAAUGAAUCUCCAGAAUUUAUCUUCAAAGAACUUGGAGAUGUUCGGGGUGGUGAGAGGAGCCCUAGGCUGGGUGGAGAACCUGAACUUGUUCUGCAGGUGGGUUUAGGCCAGGGUGUCUGCACUUCCAGCAGCAGCUCAGAGCUACAGUUAAAGGGCCUGACUGAUAAGAACCCGUACAGGGACUCAGCCUAUUUCUCAGACUAUGAUGCUGAAAAUGAGAGAAGCCCUCAAGAAGAAGGCACUAACUUCUUUUCAGGUCCAACUAACCAUGACUUCCAUGCUGGGAAAUUGAGCUCUGUCAGAGAUGACAAUCCCAUCGAAAGGCAAUUCAUUAAUGAGGAACAUUUAAUAAAUCUGAGACACAUCAAAAAUUGUGUUGUGGUGAAUCUCUCAGAGGCUGAUCCCAGUUCACCCCAUCCCCUUCCCACUCCCGGGUUGUCCAUGCUGUCACCGUUUCCCCCGCAGAUGGGCGGCUGCCUGACCAAAGAGUCGGCCCCCGCAGAUGAUGAUCUCGGUCUGGAGACAGAGCACUCAGGAGAGGAGCCUUCCUCAGAGCUGAGCUCCUCCAUUGUGUCCGAACCCUCGUCCACUGUCCAGGAGGCCUCGGCUAACCAUGAGGAGGGGAACAGGCGAGCGGGAGAUUGCUCCCCUGUCCAGUCUUUGAAUUCUGACUCCACCUUAACGGACUGCAGAGAUGAGGCCCCCGAGGAAAAUGAAAAUGGCGACGGAUCCACAGAGGAGGAGGAGCUGCCCGAAUUCAAUCACGUCAAGGAUGAGACUGAGGACAGAAGGGAGGGUGUGAGGAUAAAUGAAGAAGAUUUUGAGGACAUAGAUGCAGAGGAAUGUGACUCACAGGACAGUUUAUGUGAGGAAUCCAACGGCCCCGUUGACCUGUCCACUUCCUCGUCGUUGCUGGAGCUGUGUGGGGAGGACGUAAGAGCGCCGCUGGAGGAGGCGGAGGAUGAAGAUGACUCUGAUGACAGCGAGUCUGAUGAAGAAUUGAGGACCUACAACAUCCAAGAUGAAGACAGCGAGGAGAGCGAAGAGGAUUUCACCGUAGUGCCGGUGGUGGUAAGCGACUGCAGCAGGGCGAGACACCUCCGCAGCCUCCUGAAGAUGCCCACCCUGCUCACCCAGUCCUUCUGUGACGAGUUGGAGAGGAAGAAAAAAGCUGUGUCCUUUUUUGAUGAUGUUACAGUGUUCCUUUUUGACCAGGAGAGUCCCACGGGAGAGCUGGCUGACUACACCUUCUCCACAGGAACAGAGUCCAUUGGGCAGGAGUCUUCAGAGGGAAACACCUCUGACCACCAGCUGCAACCUGACCCUGAACUCGAAGCUCAAACCUGUGAAACAGUCUGUGUUUCUGAAGAAACAGAUGGGAACCACUCGGAAGAGGAUGGGGGUUUCCGAUGGGGAGAUAACCCUUCAUUUGAGCCGCGCCCGUCUUCACCUGACACCAUCCCUGAGCCCCGGUCCUCACCCACAUCCACCUCCAACAGUCCUGAGGCUCCUAAACCUGCAGCUGUAGCACUGAACCGUUUUAUGGUCUCACGAUUCUCUAUCACACAUGUCUCUGACCCCCACAUGGGCUCAGCAACAGGGAACAGUGAAGACAGUCCAAAAGACUGAGUGUCCAAUGGCCCCUGACUGGAGGAGGAUGAGUCCCGGUCCUUCUCAACACAGAAAAAGCAGCAUAAUUAUAUCUAGAUGUUUUACAGAGUUUUAUUUUUAUUGACGUCUGGGGCAUCUGACCGUGGUGAGCCUUUAUGAGACAGUGCCUCAUAUUGUAGUGAAACACCCUUGAUGAUUUGCACACUUUGUUCUUUAUUUUAAUUUUAUGAUGAAAGAGAGAUAUAGCUGCUGGUGUGGCCACCAGGAAAUGGAUCCAAAAUCUGAUCAUAUCGUUUGCAGCAAAACGAAACACCAAUAUAUCAGUUUUAACACACAGUAUAUGACAGUAACUUGUGCUCAACGCAGCAUCGAUUUCUGUUGGUCACCUUACAGGUCAUUUGAUUUGUGAAUUUAAAAGAAAGAAAAUAAAAAUAAAAGGAGAAAAAAAUAAUGACAUGACAGGCUUCAUAGCUGCUCCUCUCAUUGGCUGCCUUGGUCCAUGCGCUUACCAUUGAUCUGGCAUUUUUCUAAAGACUGUUACAACUCUCAUAGUUGGAGCCAGAAAACAAUGCUUGACGAUUGUUGCAAAAGAUGCUGCGGUGGAUUUCUAAACAAAAAAUCAGAAUCUUUUCAAAACAGUUGUGGGUGGUGGCGGUGACGGUGUUUGGAGAUGGAGGUGCUGAAACUUAAUUUGUCCUUUAAUCCGAUACGGUGUGUUAUGUUACUGGAAACGCAACACGGGAAAUCAAGGUGUUGUCGCUCCCUGAUUAUCACCACCACUCACUCUGGUUGAUGAUGACGUACAGUAUAUGUCUACUGUUCCCAUAUCUGUAUGAAGCACUUUGUUUAAGCCAAACUGGGUCUUUAUUUGUAGAAGUGUUGCUCAGCAUCUCCCCCUCCCCCCGGAAUGAAAUAUCUAAACAUGUGAGAUCCCUCUGUUUGUGUCCACAGUGCCAGCUACAGGUUCACUUUAUUUUGUGGCAUACUAGCUUUGUUCAAAUGACAUUUCAUCAGCAAUAGAAUGACACCAAAGGGACGGAGUGGUGUUUCCUCACGGUUCAGCGGUGUCAUGUCAACAUGCCAGUCAUAAAUGUUGAAUGUCAGUUAUCUUUAUGGAUUUUGUUCUACAUCUACAUAUUGCGCAUAGUAUCAUACAUAAUGUAUUCUAUUACAGUUGUGCUGAAUGCCAGGGUCUGAGGUGUACAAAAAAAAGAAAAAAGAGAAAAAAAAAAAGACAUUCAAAAAUAGGACAUAUCUCACAUAUUGUAUGAAUGUUAUAUCAACAUGUAGCAGAUAGCUCGACUUGAAUUACUACUGCUGUAUCGACGGCUCCCUCCCCUCUCUCUCUCUCUCUCUCUUUCUCUCUCUAUCCUUCCGUAGCUCAAAGUGCCAAUUCUGUUUCCUCUCACCUUGCCUUUUCAGUUCUGCAAGAAGAGAAAACGUCGCUAGUAUUUUUGUACAAGCAUUUGAAAAGAUGCAAUCCAGGGUGAUAAGUCUCUCAAAUUUGCCAAAGAGAUAUUACAAGGCCCAUUGGCUAUAAACGUGGCAGACACCUUUUUUGGAGAAGGUGAGGCGGGUUGUUCUAUGCACCGGUAGUAACAUCAUUGCUGUUUCCAUUUCUCCCUCACUCAUGGCUAUUGU